AAAUUAACUUUCAUUGUGAACAUUCCCAAGGAAUUUAAAAGUUCCUGUAUUGUAGAUGUUCAGGAUUAAGCUUUCGAGCGCUGAAUAUCCUCUAUGUAGUGGUCUAGCAAAUCUAAAUAUAGAUGAACUUUUCUAGAAUUUUAUUUCAAAAUAUUUCUUUUCAGACUUUGAAUAAAUUUUGUAUAACAAGCGAUAAGUAUUAAGAGUAACCAACGUCAUUCGGUUGUUUUUGGCUGCUUUCAACCAGUCAUGUUGAUUUUUGUUCAUGAAAUUUAUUAAAUUUAUUAAUAUUUUCAUUGAUUAAGCCUUCGUUUCUCCUCCUUUUUCCUUGGCUUCGUUUAUUUUACUCAGCAUUCUUCCGUGAAUCUUACUCAACCAGCUUUUUUUAUCAGUCUUGGUCUUUGAUCAAACUGGUUUUCCAUGUUUCCAGUUAUUUUUGCUCAGAAAAACGACAAAAUGGUUGAAAAUCCGCUGAUUUUUGACUAAAACCAUUAAUUAUUUACCAUUUUAAUUGUCUUUUAUUAUCAUCAUUUGUACCAUCGCUAAAAUUCAUUAAAAAUCAUGUUUAAUCUAAUUAUCCUAUUACUAACUAUUCAUUGUACAUUCAGUGCUCGGCUCAGUGAACCAACAUCUAGUUCCAGCGGCUCAUCGGGUGCAAUUGUUUUCCCAAGUGCUCAGAGACCUCAAAGUCAACAAAACUCAUUUGAUAUUGCUCUUUUAAGGACUGCUGGGUUAAGGAAUGUGAGUGAUAUCUUUGCUGCUCUCGGUAUUCAUGAAGAAAAUGAAGAUCCUCUUGCAGGACGAAAGAAAACAAAUUAUGCUGAACAAGCUGUUUGUGAACCUGAAUUACGAACUGUUGAAGUUGGCGAUCAAAGAACUGAAUCUGGUGAAAUAUUUUUCCCCAGAUGUGUUCGAGUCUUGAGAUGUGGCGGUUGCUGUGAUAUCAGUGAUCGAAUGGCUUGUACACCAACCAAAAUAUCACACCGAGAUGUUAAACGGGCAAAAAUACGGCUACGACGAUCAACAACACCUUCCGCCUCCUCACAGACUAUUCAAGUUGAAGUGCAUGAUGAAUGUCGUUGCAUGUGUAAAGUAAAAGAAGAGCAUUGCAAUCCCAGUUUACAUGUUUACCAAGCAGAUCUUUGUAAAUGUGCUUGUAAUAAUGAACAAGAUGCCGUCGCUUGUCGUAAUAUGGCUCCGGCCAAAUCAUGGGAUAAUAACGAAUGCAAAUGUAAAUGUAGAGACGUUAAACAUUGUCCAUCAGGAACUGAGUUCAGUCAUGAUACUUGCAAUUGUGAGGCCUCUUAAAGAAGUAAAAAUGGUCAAGUCAUUCAUGAUGGUCCACUAUGCUACUCAUCAAACAAUUACUUAUGGGUGAAACAAUCUUCAGCCAAGCAAAUCCCUAAGUACGAAUCUGUUUAAACAAUUGCUGUCUUUUAAUCUUCAGCACGAAAUCAAUGAUUGUCUUAAAUAGGAAACUCGUCAGAAUCUAAAGUUAAAAUCAAAGCGUUCACUUAAAUAAUCGCCUAUCAAUAAAUAAAUUAAAACCUUGU